AUGAUUUCAAUAUCAUCAUUGGCAUCGUGUCCUCCUAAUAAGGAAAUAUCGAUUGUUGCUAUUAAAGCGACAAAUAUAGGUCAGUUUUCUCACUUCUUAAUCACAGAGGUCAACAAAGUGAUUGAAUUCCGUUUACUGGUAGAAGGGAGAAGAAGAAGCAAAUGUGAGCGACAGGAUGGUCUUCUUUGGCACAAAUCUCAAGGUCACGAAAUCGAUAAACUGCUCCGCUUUAUGCAAGACCCAUCCCCAUGGAAUUUGAAACAAUUAUUGCAAAAGCUAUUUAGCACUUAUCGUUUAUUUGAAAGUGAACAACUGAUUAAUGGUAGGUUAAUGACAUUCAAAUUCACACAUAAGUACAUACAGCUACGUAAAAAAGAAGCAAAACAUUACUGCAUAGACUUGUUUUCAUUACUAAAUUAUUUGGCCAGCCAGAUGACAAAAUGUGGAUUAAAGUGGCAAACACAAUCGAAAAAAGUAGUCAUUUGUUUAUCACUUCAAGUGCAGAAAAGAAGACAGUUGAUCCUAUGUGAAGGAAUGAUUAAGUUAAACUACUUUGAAAAUGGAAACAAAAAUGCUAAUCGAAAUGAUUUAAAAAUUCAAUUAUCGUUUAAUUUAAAGAAGGUGUCAUAA